ACAGAAAGAAAAAUUAAGGUUAACUUUUGUUAGGUACGUUAUGCAUAUCAGAAGUUAAAUGGACAUUUUAAAUAGUGUUAACAAGUUUGCCUCUCAAAUGGAUAUACAUAAAAUACUGUGUAUAACACUCAUGGCGAUGUCCGUGAAUGGCCAGAGUGUCUUAGAUAAAUCUAGCCUUCGGGAAAAAUGUCCAUUAGUUAAUCUGGAGGAGAUGGAACUUCUGAUCAACUCCGCAGCCCAAAAAGUGAUAAUGUCAUACUUCAAAGAUACAGAUUCUCGGUUCAAUCAGAACAGGAGAGAAAUGGAUGAUCUUAAGAACAUGCUGCAAAAGAACACUAUGGAAAUUCAAUUGUUGAAAGGGAAAAUUAAAAAUCAAGAAGUCUUGAUAAAGAAUUUGCAAAACAAUAUGGAGGCACAGGCUGUGAAACAGGGUGCACGCCUCGUAAAUGGAAGUUCUUUUAGAGAGGGCAGAGUUGAGGUCUACAAAGAUGGGGUAUGGGGAACAGUUUGUGACGACAGUUGGGACUACAGUGAUGCCAAUGUGAUCUGUAGACAACUAUUUGGAUUAGUUGGAAGUCCGUAUUCUUAUGCACGUUUUGGACAGGGAGUUGGUAUCAUUCAGAUGGAUGAUGUCAAUUGUAACGGUUUUGAAGGCUCCCUACUGCGUUGUACGCAUAAAAAUCAUCUACACCACAACUGUGGUCACUCAGAGGAUGCCGGUGUUGUGUGUAUGAGAGCACCACCAAUACGACUUUCAAGACAAUUAGAAUUUCAAGGACGAGUAGAAGUCUACAAGAACAAUGAAUGGGGAACAGUUUGUGAUGAUGUUUGGGACAAUAAAGAUGCUGGUGUUAUAUGUAGAAGUCUAGGUUAUAGUGAACAUGGCCUGGCUGUAUCAGAUGCAGUAUUUGGACAGGGAACUGGGUCUAUACUCUUUGAUGAUGUGCAGUGUAAUGGAGGUGAAACUGGUCUGUCUGAAUGUACAUUUUCUUCCACUCACAAUUGUCAUCAUCCUGAGGAUGCCGGUGUAAUAUGCAGACUUGAAGGGGAUUACAUCAGACUGUCAAACGGAACAUCUGUCAACGAAGGUAUUCUUGAGGUUUUAAUUAAUGGAAAAUGGGGAGCUGUCUGUGAUAGUAACUGGAAUCAAAAUGAUGCGAAAGUAGCAUGUCGGUCUCUCGGAUAUUAUGGAGGAGGGUUUCCGGUGGAAGCAAAUGUUUUUGAAGAAGGAAAUGAACAGAUAUGGCUAAGCGGGAUGAAUUGUGAUGGAAAUGAAAAUUCUUUGGUGGAGUGCUCUCCGUUGGUAGUUUCAACGAGACGUUGUAGUGAUAGAAAUGUUGGAGUUGUUUGUUAUCACAAUUUAAAUGAAAUUUUGAAAUUUCAAGUGGAUUCAUAUAUAAGCCAUGACAUCGAAGUAAUUCCAAGUAUAUAUAUAAAUAAUAAUUGGAUGGGGUUUUGUCGGGACGGAUGGGAUGAUUCAGCGGCAAAGGUUGUGUGUAGAAGUCUUGGUUACUCUGGUUAUGCUGGUUUAGUGGAAAAUGGACGAGCAGAAAGAUUGCAUAGAAAGGUCUUAAUGAACGUUGAGUGUACUGCGAAUGAGGAAACUUUGACCCAGUGCAAGAUUGGCACAAAUGACUUUGAACAAUGCAAUAAUACUACCCCUGUUGGUGUCAAAUGUUAUGCUAAUGAUGAAAAGUUUAUAAGGCUAGUCAAUGGCACUUCAAGAAGUGAAGGACGUGUGGAAGUAUUUAUAAAUGGGGAAUGGGGAACUAUUUGCUAUCAUUAUUGGAGCGAUGCAAAUGCUAAAGUGGUGUGCAAAAGUCUUGGAUACUCAGGAAUCUCGACUUCUCACCAUCGUGCCUAUUUCGGAGCUGAGUCAGGGCGUGUUUGGUUAGACAGAGUUCAAUGCCAGGGCACAGAGUCCUCCAUCUUCGACUGUAGACACAGUGGCUACGGAAAAGUAGUUCAUUGUUUAUAUAAUCAUUAUGCUGGUGUAACAUGUUCAUGAUUCUUUCAUAAGCAGUGAAGAAGUUACUCCUACAAUUCUGACCUACUGCAAUUCCUUCAUCUGAUAUUGACAAUGUGUGUAUUUAUGUUUUAAUUUGUAAUACAUUUUUUGUCAUUUUUAAGGGUUAUUGGACGUAUGAUAACUGUAAAGUUUGAUAGUUUUCUUCAUUAAGUACAAAAAAAGCUUUACAAUAUUGAAAUUUG